CCUCCCCCAUCAACUUCAUUCUGAUUCCUUCAUAUACCACCACUUGGCAUUUAUCAUAUCUAAUAUCAAAACUUUAAAAACUGAUGGGCCUGGGUUUUGGUUUUGAAUUUGGGCUUAACCCCAUUGCCCACAGACGAGACCCACUUUGGAAUAGUCUCGGCGUCGAUGGCGCCAACUCCCUUCUCAGUUAUGUCACACGAACCACUCAAACUCUAGGCUUCCAGAUCUGAGGCGGUCUCUCGCUACAACAUCCAACCCAAGUCUCCCAACGGUGAACGACGCCACCUCCAGGUCAGGUGUAACCCUAACCAAUUACCAGCAAGGGCCCAACCCUCGGUAGGUAAAAGGGUUUUCUUUUCACAUCUAUCUUCCAAAAUCAAACUUCUCUUUUGCCGCCCACAACUCCAAGAGGAGAUUUGUAAAAUCUUUAGUAUCCAUCCCUGAUAUUCUGUUUUACGAACCUGGUUUAAUUGUUCACAUAUCAGAUGUUUUGCAUAAAGGAUCUCCAGCGUUUUCUACAUAAGAAUUUCCCUAUGUUGGUGUUAUAUGGCUCUGCGUCAUUUUCAGGUCUGAACUAAGAUCCUAUAAUACAUUUUGAAUUCGUUUUUUGGGUGUGGGAGAGGCCGUAUCUCAUACUUUGCCGUCAGAAAACAUGACAGAAAUAUUCAGUUACACCGCAUGCAGACAGUUGUCUCAGAUGGUAGCUGCAAUCAUCUUCUUUCACACUUCUGAAUAUAUCUUAGCCGUUGGCAUUCAUGGGAGAUCCAAUGUUACUCUAAAGUCCCUUCUGAUUAGCAAAAACUACCUCUUGGCAAUGAUCUUAUCUUUCUUAGAGUACUUUCUUGAAAUUGUGUUGUGUCCCAGUCUGAAGGAAUACUGGUGGGUUAGUCAGACAGGCCUUGCAAUGGUUGUAGUUGGAGAAAUCGUCCGUAAACUGGCCAUCAUAACUGCAGGCCGGUGUUUUACACAUCUGAUCAAGAUCUAUCAUGAGGACCAUCACCACCUGGUUACUCAUGGAGUCUAUAGCUUUGUCCGCCAUCCUGGAUACAGUGGUUUCCUCAUGUGGGCAGUUGGCACUCAAAUCAUGCUCUGUAAUCCCAUUUCAACCAUUGCAUUUGCUGUUGUGGUUUGGCACUUCUUUGCCGAACGGAUUCCGUAUGAAGAGUACUUCUUGAGACAGUUUUUUGGCCAUGAGUAUGAGGAGUACGCGAAUCGGGUGUCUUCUGGAGUGCCAUUUGUGAAAUGAAUUUGGACUGAUGAUUCUGAUGCUUCAUCAACAGAGUUCAUGAUUCUAGCCUUGAGGUAUCUGGAACUUCUUAGUGGAAGUAGUUUUUGUGUUGUUGUAUAUUAAGGCUACUGAUUGAUGAUUUUUGGGAUUGUUUCUAUAGUCAACAAGUCUUUGGAUCUACUUGUAACAUUUUUGUCAGUUAUAAAGGAAGUAUAUAUCAUUAAAACUCCCUUGAAGGAUGGGAUAUGAAAUUCCUCGUUUGGAUUUUA